CUUUCGGUUCCGGUACCCCAUAGGUCUGUGCAGUCGCUGCUUCCUGUCCUCGGUUUCCCGACCUGGGCAGUACGAGGUGGUCGUGGUGUGGCUGUUCCCAGGGGCCCAUGGCUGAGGGUGACGUAGGGAACGACCAGAGGCAGAAUGAGGAAAUCGAAGCCAUGGCCGCCAUUUAUGGGGAGGAGUGGUGCGUUAUAGAUGAUUGUGCCAAAGUAUUUUGUAUUAGAAUCAGCGACGACAUAGAUGACCCCAAAUGGACACUCUGCUUGCAGGUGAUGUUACCGAGUGAAUACCCAGGUACAGCACCACCUAUUUAUCAGUUGAAUGCUCCUUGGCUGAAAGGGCAAGAACGUGCAGACUUAUCCAACAGCCUUGAGGAAAUAUACAUACAGAAUAUUGGUGAAAGUAUUCUUUACCUGUGGGUGGAGAAAAUAAGAGAUGUUCUGAUACAGAAAUCCCAGAUGAUGGAGCCAGGCCCAGAUGUAAAGAAAAAAACUGAAGAGGAAGAUGUUGAAUGUGAAGAUGACCUCAUUGUUGAACAUCAGCCAGCAAAUGCAGUUAAAACAGUAGACUUCAACAUCAGUGAACAUGUACCAGAAAUAGAAGAACUGCCUCCAGUUGACCAUGGCGUUCCUAUCACAGACCGAAGGAGCACUUUUCAGGCCCAUGUGGCCCCUGUAGUCUGUCCUAAGCAGGUGAAAAUGGUUCUUGCCAAAUUGUAUGAGAAUAAGAAAAUAGCCAGUGCCACCCACAAUAUCUACGCCUACAGGAUAUACUGUGAGGACAAGCAGACCUUCCUGCAGGACUGUGAGGAUGAUGGAGAGACAGCUGCUGGGGGGCGUCUUCUUCACCUCAUGGAGAUUUUGAAUGUGAAGAAUGUCAUGGUGGUAGUAUCCCGUUGGUAUGGAGGAAUUCUGCUCGGACCUGAUCGUUUCAAACAUAUCAACAACUGUGCCAGGAAUAUACUGGUGGAGAAGAACUUCACAAAUUCACCUGAGGAGUCAUCUAAGAGUUUGGGAAAGAAGAAAGUAAAAAAAGACAAGAAGCGGAGCGAACAUUAAUCUUGAAACUGUAUGAAAGAUUAAUUUCCGAGUCAUUGUGUACACAUUCCCAGUGGUUAACGAAUACACGAAGACGGCCACUUGA